ACUGAGAGUGAAGAGGAAAAUCAGUCGAACUCAGUGAAAUCAUAUUCUGGAUUUUGUUCCGAGAGGGAGAUAGUGAAGAUCGUGAACUCGCGAAUUUUUAGCACAUCAAGUUUAUCUGAAUAAGAGAUGGGUUUUAUUCCUGACUGUUAUAGGUGUUUCUUGUAUUGACUGGCGGUCGGCAGAGCUUCAGGUUUCAUUAGAGGUUUGAGUGAUGGCGGAAAGAAAGGGUUCAGCCCUACUUCUUUUUUGGGCGAUUGCACUUAGCUUGGGGGCCUUUGGGUUUUCAAUUGCUGCAGAACAUAGAAGGAGUACAGGUUCAAUUCUUAUGGAUGAAAAGACGGGCGGAUGGUACUGCGUUUAUAAGUCAGAUAUAGCAACUAGUUACGGGGUUGGUGCAUCUUUGUUUCUGUUAGCAAGUGAAUCACUAAUUAUGGCAAUUACUAAGUGUAUGUGUUUCGGGAAACCUUUAGCACCUGGGAGUAGUCGAACUUGGUCGAUUAUGUAUUUUACAUGUUCGUGGAUGACUUUUUUGGUUGCGGAGGCAUUGAUUAUUGUUGGGGCAACGAAGAAUGCUUAUCAUACUAAGUAUAGGUCGGUGAUUUAUGCGCAGGAUUGGACUUGUGAAACGUUACGCAAAGGUGUGUUCAUUGCUGGAGCUGUGUUUGUCAUUGUUACAAUGAUUCUUAAUGUGUUUUUUUGUAUGUACUUUGUGAAGGCUACAACUCAGAUUACUCAGACAACUGAAAACCCGACUGUUGAAAUGACUACUAACCCAUAGGCAGUGACGGAGGUAUACUGAGAAUCUGAGGUGUAG